AUGUGGAACCUGCUUGCUCGUAGAUCUACCCACCAAACCUAACCUGCUUUGUACAAGAUUUGUUCGUCGAGUUCUGUGUUUGUUUCGAAUUUCUCUUGACAAUUUGGGUGAGCUUGGACCUGGAUAAAAUUAAUGAUAAUCCACUAAGCGGAGUAUAUCCUCACCUGUUCGUGACUUCUUCAACGGGACUGGUCACUAGGCCGAGUCUUCAGCAUUCCCCGUUUGUUCAGAGCCACGUAGAACAAUGUCCGGAGAACUCGAAACAACCGAUUUGGAUUUGAGUGAAUUUCAUGCUGACAACUCUGGGAAGUUGCGUUUGGAUUGGCCAAUUCCUGAAGUUACGAAGAAUGAGCCAUGCUGCCUUGGUAUCGAUGAAGCUGGUAGAGGACCAGUGUUGGGACCUAUGGUAUACGGUACGGCCUUCUGUCCAGUGUCUAUGAACGAGCGACUGGCCGAAAUGGGAUUUGCCGACUCCAAGACGCUGAAGGAAGAGGAACGAGAGACUUUGCUGACAUCUAUCUGUGAAGCAACGGACAUGCUGAGCUGGGCUACGGAGAUCAUCUCACCAAACUACAUCAGUACACAGAUGCUCAAACGGUCCAAGUGCAGUUUGAAUGUUAUUUCGCAUACGUCAGCAAUUGGCCUGAUCCAGUAUGCUAUUGAUCAAGGUGUUCAUGUGUCAGAGGUGUAUGUGGAUACUGUUGGACCACCUGCCAAGUACCAGGAUAUGCUGAGUGCCAAGUUUCCGGGUGUCAACAUCACCGUGUCCGCCAAGGCUGAUGCCAAGUUUCCCAUCGUCUCUGCUGCCAGUAUUUGUGCAAAGGUCGUGCGUGAUCGCGUUCUCAAGUCGUGGAAGUUUAACGAAAUGCCAACGUUCUCAACGGCUAACUAUGGCUCUGGGUACCCUGCAGAUCCAAACACUAAGGACUGGCUGGUGAAGUGCAUUGAGCCGACGUUUGGCUUCACUCAGUUUAUACGCUUCAGCUGGUCCACCUGCGAUAAUCUGCUGGACGCCAGGGCGGCCGCCGUCACAUGGGAGGAUGAUGAUGAUGAUGAGCAGGAUGAGAGCAAGGCCAGAGCGGCCAAGAAGACCAAAAAGCUGACGCAGUUUUUCGCUCCGCAAGCUGGUGCCGCCAAGAAGCCGAAACCUCAUCGGUUCUUUGACGAGCGUCACCUGCAGCCAGUGUCUUCAUUCUAACCAGCGAGAGGUGCUAGUCCCCUGUGCAUUCAGUCUCUGGAGUAAGACUUGUUCAUGAUAUGCUGGACGCUCUGCGGGAUGAUGCAGUGUUGGUCUUUCUUGUUAUUGGUAAGAGCUGAUAUGCAUUGAGUUCUGUUGCUCCAUCUUUACCUGUAAUUACUGGGAGUGGUCGCACAUCGCACACUCCUACUUGUGCAACACGAUGCGAGCAACGGCUACAUCUGUACUCAUAUUGUUAGCUGCUUGCUGCUGCUGCAGUGUACACAUGCACUGAGCUGUGCUGAGUGUGUGUGUGUGGACUGGAAGGCUUCGGAACUGCUCACGGUCACCAUUGACAUGCAAUGAGUGCAUGCUCAGCAGCUGCUCAAGUGUGCCCUGCUCUGUGUGCAGUGUACAUACUACAUACUCCAUGCUCAUGAGCUGCUACUCGCUUCCUGUUGCUACUCGUAUUGUUAAUUUGUUAUUGUUGUUUUAUUGGCCUGCUGGCUAGUCUGCAGCUGGCUGCAUGUUUAGGUUUCUUAUAAUUAUCACAUUGGACCGAUUGCAUUCCUUGA